CUUCGUCGUCAUCGUCAUCUCACGACGCUCCUCGAACCAACUCGAUCCUAAAAUGCUGGCGGAAAUGGUCCGUAUCUCUUACCAACAUCGUGCAUUCUACUGCUACGUGAUUCUCAGCGUUUGGAUCUUCCUGCUGGUCGCAGGAAUGUACAAAUAUAUUGGAGUCGAUGAGAAAAGUUCGAUGCAAGCUAGAACAUUGAACGGUGAUUUGUUGAUAAAGGAAUACCCGCGUAAUUUGAAAUCGGAUGUUAAAACAAAGAAGAUAUUUCGAUUUUGUAAUUCCCCGAAUGACAUUAAAACAGAAGUCGAAGGAAAAAUUGAUGGAAGUUUGACAUUGGGCGGUAUAGUGAUGUUUAUUCGUCAUGGAGAUCGAGGACCCUUGGCUCACAUAAGAAAUAUAAGCGCAGUUAAUUGCGCCGGCGACUUUAGUACACUUCCGGAAUUAGAAAACGUUUAUUCGAAUUAUCUAGCUUUUCUACAAAACGUCUCGAGUUAUUCCAGAACGGCAUGGGCACAAUUUUUAGGACCAUUCCAUGGAUUCCCAAUGUUACCGAGUAAUUCCAAGGACUGUAAGAUCGGACAACUUACGACGCUCGGUAUUGGACAAUUGUUAAAAACCGGAAUCAUAUUGAGAAAUGCGUAUUACCAUAAGCUUAAUUUAGGAAACGGUACUAUAUCUAGCAAGGAUGUUGUCGUUUACAGUACCAGAUAUAGAAGAACGGUACAGAGUGCCGUUGCAUUGUUGUAUGCGCUAUUAGAAAAUGAUACCUUUCAAAAUCUUGCUAAGAUAACGUUACAGGAAAGUCAAAGUUACGCAUUUUGUAACGUCGAUUGUGUCUGUCCGGCUGCUGAACGAUUUUUUAAACAACACUUGAAGGAAAUGUCAGAUUAUUUGAAAUCUCAUCCUGCAGUGACCGAUCUGAUAAGACAGGCAUCUAGCGCGGUUUUCGAAAUUCCAGAACAAGCUCAAUCCGUUGAUCCAAAUACUUUAAGAGACGCUAUAUUAACGUACGUGUGUCACGGUGCCUCUCUACCAUGUGUAGAUUUUGAAACGCAACGAAUUUGCGUUAAAACCGAACACGUAACCGGUCUUUUCACGUAUACCGAAUGGGAAGCUAAACAACUUGCUAAGAGUAAUAGUAGAAAAAAAUAUGGUUUACUUAGGGCAUAUGGACUGCUACGUAGUAUAGUAACUUAUAUGCUUCGUAUUAUAUCUGAAGCCAAACCAAAAAUAGUUUUAUACUCUGGUCACGAUAAAACAUUAGAAUAUCUUGCCACAGCAUUAGGUAUAGUCUCCGAUAAAGUAACCAUACCGCAUUAUGCUUCCCGUUUUAUUAUCGAAGUAUAUAAGAUUAACUCUAAAAAUGAAGAUCACGUUGCCAGUGAUUUUUACUUUCGCGUAUUGAUUAACGGUAAAGAUUUUACGCAAAAGAUACCAUUUUGUAGAAAUGCCAAUUUUUAUAGCGCCACGUACGUCGAACACGAUGACACCAACAAAACAAAAAAAGAUUCGAAACUCUGUCCGAUCGAAACGAUUAUAAGACACUUACACGAUGAUUAUUUUGUACCUUUCAAUGCAACUAAUUUUAAAGAUGCUUGCUCGGCCAGGAAACACGUAUAGUUUUAAUUAAAAGGUAGAUAUAUAAUCGAUGAAAGACCAUUAAUUGUUAAGUUUCAUCUAAUUAUAAUGUAAUUGAUUUAUGUUAGGAUGUCAUUUUAUUUAUACUAAUAAUUCUUCACGUUCCAACUUUUUUUUUUUAUAUAUAUUUUAUACAGUUCUUCCUUUUUAAUUUUGCAAUUUUUUAUUUUUUAAACAUUCCUUGAUAAGUUUUUAUAUACCUGUAAAUAAUCUAUAUGAAAUAUUUAAAAAGAGCAAUCAAGACAAUGACUGUAGAUAAUUUAAUUUUUAAUAUAACGUUAUAUAUUAAUAUCGAAAAGAAAGUAUUAGAUGAUAUUCUAAUAAGACUUACACACAUAUUAUUAUUGCAUUGCAAGAUAUAAUAAUUUUCAUUGGAAACGAAAAAGGAGAAAAAAAAAUGGAAAAAGAGAAAAACCUACACAAUCAUUUGUUCGUAAGAUCAUGCAAUGUCCAAGCACAUAGAAUGUAAAAUAAAAAAAGGAACGUUGAUAUAAGAUAUCGUUCUAAAUAGAUUGAACACAACACACGAGAACAUAUUACAAACAAAGAAAAGCCUUAAAUGCUUAGAAUAUAUACAUAUAUACAUAUACAUAUAAAUAUAUAUAUAUAGAUAUAUAUAUAUAUAUAUACACACAUACUCUACAUAUAAAUCUUGACACUGUAGAAUUAGAUAUUAAAGAUAAUUAACGUGAUCAUAUAGGUCAUUAGCAUAUAUAUUUUAUCACGUCCUAUUGUAUAUAUGUAAAUGAAUAUCUCUAACAAGAUUCUAUUAUAACUCUAUACCGGAAAGUACAUAAUUUUAUGUGUAAUUAUUGAAUUAUUUAAAGAGAAUGUGUAAUUGUUUAUUACUUUAAGUAUAGUAUUAUAUAUAUAUAUAUAUAUAUAUAUAUAUAUAUAUACAUACACGUAAUAUAUACCUACAAUUAGUAGAUAAUAAUAAAUUGUUGAUGAUACAUUGUUUCAUUUGUAAAGGUAUUUGCAUUUGUAAAAGCACCUGUAGUACGUAUCGAAACUUGAGAGUAAAUAUUGUUAUAUAAAUUUACCAUACUUUACAUUAAGGACACAAGAUAAUGAUUUGUUAUACUUCGGUGGACCAGAACAUUCCUGUAAUAAAUCUUUGCGACACGUGCUUAUUUGUGUGUAUGUGUGCGCGCGCGCGUUUGUAUUAAUGUGUACGUGCAUGUGAAACAUCUUGAAAAAAUUAAUAUACGUGCAUACACACAUUUCUGAAACUGAAUAUAAAAAAUCUGGUAUUAAAAAUUCAUCAAUUUUCUAUAGCAAUUUGGUGAUAUAUAUAAUAUACAUAUAUAUUACACUUUUUAUAGGCAUUUGAGAAAAAAGCAAAAAAAAAAAAAAAGAAAGAAAAUUAUUGAUAUUAAAACGAAAAGUAAUAUUUAUAUUUCUUAGUAAUUUUCUCUUUAUAAGGGGAAAAAAAAUAUUAUUCAGAGAAAAAAACCAAAUAUGGCGCAGUAUUGUUUAUUAGCAAAAAUAAGAAUUAUUUGCAACAUGGUUAAGUUUUUUAUCAAGAUGAAACUUUGCAAGACGCAAAAAUCUCUAUCGAAAUAUAAUAUAUAUAUAUAUAUAUAUAUAUAUAUAUAUAUAUAUAUAUAUAUAUAUAUAUAUAAAAAGGUAGUAUUGUGUAUCUUUCAUUAAUAGUUCUAUAUAAAAUUCACUUGUUAUACAUUUUAUUCACAAUAUAAAAAACUUCGUAGGGAGAGAGAGUUCAUAAAUAAAUAGCAAUCGUGUAUUAUAAUAUACAAGGCACAAGUUUGCACUUUCAGGAGACUUGUGGUAUGUAAAACUACAAACAAAUAUUAUCCUACAAAUUAUAUAGCUUUGGUAAAAUGACACGAUUAGAGAUGAGCACAAGAAGAGUUAGAGAGAUGUAAAAAUUCUCCAGAAAAAAAAAAACAAAACAAAAAAAAACGACUACAACUUUCUAGCUUUCUUUCUUUCUUUCUUUCUUCUGCGAAGUAAAAUAUGUUAAUCCGUUUCUAAAACAAUACGUCUAAGUAUUAUGUUCGUUCACGUUAAAAUUUAUAUACAGUCUCUUUCAAUAUAUCGCUCGUUUAAAAAUGAAAAGAAA